AUGGGUAGAGGUGCUUUAAUAUUGAUAGAAGGUCUGGAUAGAGCCGGGAAGACCACACAAACAGGACGACUAGUUGAUAAAUUGAGAUCAAAUGGACGCGAUGUUGAAUUGUUAAAAUUUCCAGAUAGAAGUACACCAAUUGGUAAACUUAUAAACUCAUACCUAGUUGAUAAGUCGUUUGAAUUAUCUGAUGAAUCUGCACAUUUGUUAUUCUCUGCAAAUAGAUGGGAACUUGCAAACUCAAUCAAAUCUAAACUGAGAGAAGGCAAGACUUUGGUGUUGGAUAGAUAUGUUUAUUCAGGUGUUGCAUAUACUGCUGCUAAAGGCUUAGACAGACAAUGGUCGUUGAACCCAGAUAUUGGUUUGCCUAAACCUGAUCUAACCAUAUUUUUGAAUUUAAAUGACAGUAGUGAUCGUUCAGGUUUUGGUGAUGAGAGAUAUGAAGUUAAAGAAUUCCAACUAAAAGUGAAGCAUCAAUUUGAAUUGUUCUUUAAUGAACCUAAUUGGGAAACUAUAGUUGUUGAUGGUAAAAACAUUGAACAAGUUGAAAGUGAGAUAUGGGCCAUCAUGAAUGAAAAAGUAUUGAAUGUGGAAUUUGGCGAUGAGAUUGGCGUGUUUUAA